AUGUGCUGGUUCAUGGACGCUGCGGCGCCAAUGACCAAGACGGUGGAGGACUGCGCCAUUGUGCUGGGAGCCAUCGCUGGUUAUGACGAGCGGGAUCCAUACACUAGCCGCCGCCCUGUCCCCAACUACACCGAAGCUCUUGGCAAGGGAGUUGAGGGCCUGCGAGUGGGUCUCAUACGCGAGCUGCACCAAAGCCCGGAUAUGCACCCAGAGGUCCGCGAGAGUAUGGAAUUCGCGUUGGACGUGUUUCGGGGUUUGGGCGCAGAGAUUAAGGAAGUCUCGAUUCCCCUGGUGGAGUUAGCCGGCGCCAUUUUCGUCGGAGUGGCCGACACCGAGGGAGCAGGUGCCAGGGACGAGAUUCUUCGAACGCGCGCUGACGAAUUGGACCCGGCCAGCCGCACCCGCCUGCUUUCCGCGUCGCUGGUGCCGUUCAAGGUGUAUAACCGCGCCGCGAAGGCCCGGGUCCUGCUUCGCCGGCAGUUCAUGGCUGCCCUUGAGGAUGUCGACGUCCUGGUCUCACCAACGUCUCCGUAUCCCGCACCGCUGCACAAGGACCUGACAGCGCGGUUCGAGAGCGCCGAUGACGUACGGCGGCGUUUCUUCUUCCGGCGCGCCUAUACUGGGUGUUAUUCGCUUACAGCCUUGCCCGCCAUUUCCAUACCCGGUGGGUUCACCAGCGACGGCCUUCCCAUUGGCCUGCAGUUGGGAGCGAGGCCCUUCGCGGAGGAAACCCUGUUUCAGGCCGCCAACGCCUACGAGCAGACCACCACUUGGCACACCCGGAUCGCCCCUGCUGCUCAAGCCUAG